AUGAAUGGAAUAGCCUCAACCUACAACACAGAGGGGGACAAAGACAACAUGGAUGUGUCUGUCUAUGACUUUGAGGAGGAGCAGCAGGAGGGGAUGCUCUCUGAGGUCAACGCGGAGAAGGUGGUGGGCAACAUGAAGCCCCCCAAACCCACCAAGAUCAAGAAGAAGGGUGUGAAGAAAACAUUCCAGUGUGAGCUGUGUAGCUACACCUGUCCCCGCCGCUCCAACCUGGACCGACACAUGAAGAGCCAUACGGACGAGAGGCCCCACAAGUGCCAUCUGUGUGGAAGGGCCUUCAGGACCGUUACCCUGCUGAGGAACCACCUCAACACACACACAGGUACCAGACCACACAAGUGUCAAGAUUGUGACAUGGCCUUUGUGACCAGCGGAGAGCUGGUCCGACAUCGUCGCUACAAGCACACUCAUGAGAAACCCUUCAAGUGCUCCAUGUGUGACUAUGCCAGUGUGGAGGUGAGCAAGCUGAAGCGGCACAUCCGUUCCCACACCGGGGAGCGUCCGUUCCAGUGCAGUCUGUGCAGCUACGCCAGCAGAGACACCUACAAGCUGAAGAGACACAUGAGGACACACUCGGGAGAGAAGCCAUAUGAAUGCUACAUCUGCCACGCCCGUUUCACCCAGAGUGGAACCAUGAAGAUGCACAUCCUGCAGAAGCACACAGAGAACGUGGCCAAGUUCCACUGCCCCCACUGUGACACAGUUAUCGCCCGCAAGAGUGACCUGGGUGUCCAUCUGCGUAAGCAGCACUCGUUCAUUGAGCAGGGCAGGAAAUGCCGUUACUGUGAUGCUGUGUUCCACGAGCGCUACGCUCUCAUCCAGCACCAGAAGUCCCACAAGAAUGAGAAACGCUUCAAGUGUGACCAGUGUGACUACUGCUGCAGACAAGAGCGCCACAUGCUGAUGCACAGGCGCACGCACACAGGAGAGAAGCCUUACUCCUGUAGCCAGUGCGAGAAGACCUUCCGUCAGAAGCAGCUCCUGGACAUGCACUUCCGGCGCUACCAUGACCCCAACUUUGUGCCGACUGCCUUUGUGUGCACAAAGUGUGGCAAGACCUUCACCCGCAGGAACACCAUGGCCAGACAUGCAGAGAACUGUAACGGGGAUCCUGGUGAAGGAGAGAAUGGAACCCCACCCAAGAGAGGACGAGGUGGGAGGAAGAGGAAGAUGCGCUCAAGGAAGGACGAUGAUGACGACGACAGUGAGGACAAUGCUGAUCCUGAGCUGGAUGACAUUGAUGAAGAGGAUGAGGAGGCUGAGGCGGCACUGCUGGAGGAUGAAGAAGAGGAGGAGGAGGAGAUGAAGUUGGAGCAGGCUCCACCCACCAAGCCUAUCCCUGCCCCUGUGGAGCCUCCCGUGAAGAGGAAACGCGGUAGACCCCCCAAGAAUGCGCCCAAACCCGCCUCACCUGCCAAAGCUAGCAAGGCUACCCCUAGGGGCAAGGCUGCUGCAGCAGCAGCCAUCAUCCAGGUGGAGGAUGAGAAUACAGGUGCCAUAGAGAACAUCAUAGUGAAGAAUGAGCCAGAGGCUGAGCAGGCUGCCAUAGAGGUGGUGGUUGAUCAGUCAGAGGAGGCAGAGGCAAGGGUGGCGCUGCCUGUAGCAGAGGUUGCGUCCAACGGAGAUCUCACCCCUGAGAUGAUCCUCAGCAUAAUGGACCGAUGAUCUAGCCCACACAGACAGCUCAAGGACUUCCCCCUUCUCUCAACCUUUCCCUUCAAGUCCACCCUCUUCAUAUGAUCUGCCAUAUUACAAACCACUCCGCUUUACUCUUUAUUUUCAUAAUUUGUUUUUAACAAAUCUGUGUUUCUUUUCACUCUCAAACCCACAUCCUUCCAUGCAUUCACUGUAACAGUUUAAGUUCCAAUUGCUUUGGUCUGGGGCAGCAGGUAGCUUAGUGGGUAAGAGCGUUGUGCCAGUAACCGAAAGGUCGCUGGUUCUAAUCCCCGAGCCG